UACCGCGGGUCGUACACCAUGGGCCGGGAGGCGCAGGCCGACGCCAAGUUCCGGCGCGUGGCGCGGAUCACGGUGUGCGGCAAGACGGCGCUGGCCAAGGAGGUCUUCGGCGACACCCUGAACGAGAGCCGCGACCCGGACCGGCCGCCCGAGCGCUACACGGCCCGCUACUACCUCAAGUUCAACUUCUUGGAGCAGGCCUUCGACCGCCUGUCCGAGGCCGGCUUCCGCAUGGCCGCCUGCUCCUCCACCGGCACCUGCGCCUUCGCCCCCGAGCUGGGCGGCCCGGCCACCGCCGACGACAAGAUCUGGACCAGCUACACCGAGUACGUCUUCUGCCGGGACUGAGCGCCCCGUCCGGCCCCGGGCGCCUGUCCGGCUUCUCAGCCUGCUCCUCAGGCUCCUUCUUCCCCACGGGAGGCUUCUCCGCCCUCUCUUUCCUCCCACCCUCACCGCAGGACCUGGUCCAGGCUUCUCAGCCCUCUCCACCAGCUCCUGCCACCCUCCCCAUGGGACCUGGGCCAGGCUUCUCCUCAUGCUCUUGCCUCCCUUCUUCCCCACUGGACCUUGUCACGCUGUCCUCAGCCUCCUGACUCCCUUCCUCUCAGGACCUCAUCCAAGCCCCUCAGCCCUCCUCCGGCUCCUGCCUCCUUCCCUCCCCUGCCCACAGGACCUGGUCCAGGCUUCUCCACCCUCUCCUGCCUCCCACCCUCCCCACAGGACCUUGUCUAGGAUUCUUAGCCCUCUCCUCAGGUGCUUGCCUCCCUUCUUUCCUACCCGACCUUGUCGCCCUCUCCUCCCCCUCCUGCCUUCCUCCUUCCCCACAGGACCUUGUCCAGGCUUCUCAGCCCUCUCCUCAACCUCCUGCCUCCCACCCUGCCCAUAGCACCUUGGCCAGGCAUUGCUGAGGGAGACGGACAGAGCCCAGUCCCUGCUUCCCUUGUGUUAGGGGUCAGGGGAGCCCUAUGUAGAGUUUAGAUGAUGGCUGUGUGGGAGAGUUUGGAUAGGGGUGCUCCUGCUUUCAGGCAGGGGUUUGGUCUAGAUGAGCUGGAGGGCACUUCCAGUCCAGUUUUUUUGUGCCCCCUGCCCCCACCUUUACCUCUCCUUUUCCCUCAGGCUGAGAAACAAGCCUCCCCCACUAGGUUGAGCCCACAGCUGAUUACAAUUUGCAUCAGUGCAAGGAAGGGACAGCCCUGGAAGUGCAGGGCUUUAAAUGACUCUGGGUUUCAAUUUCAAGGGUUAGUCUGGAGCCUUUCCUGGUAUUCAGUGUGGGGCUAUGGGGUUUUCUGAGAGACAGAUCUGAAUCAAGCUGGGACAGAUCUGAAUCAAGCUGGUCAUCUGUUUUUUAGUCUGGCUUGGUAGGUCUCUACCUGGGGGCAUUGUCCACCCC